UAAUAUACUUAAAAAAAAUAACAACCAUAUAAAUCGUAAACCAUUAUCAGCAUUCUUAAUUCUCCCUUUGACUAGUUACAGAGCUUUAUUGGAAAAAAGCAGCCCCAUUCUCUUAAAUGGCUUCGCCGGAAUUAAGCUUCUCCGACGAGCCAAUAACUCCAGCUGGCCGCCUAUUUCUCCGGCCGGAAAUGGACACAAUAAUCCACUGUGCCCUUGGCUACAAAUACCACAGAGACAUCGACACCAUAAAAACCAUCGUAAAGAACUCUCUCAUGAUUCAGCACCCGAGAUUUUGCAGUCUCCUUGUGCGUGACAAAAAUGGAUUAGAGCACUGGAGAAGAACGGAAGUCGACAUCGACCGCCACAUCAGAGUUGUUAAGACUGCCGCUUCCGCCACCAGUAAUGAUGGUUACUCAGACGACGACGUCGAGAGAAUAAUUAAUGACUAUAUAGCUGAUUUAGCCGUUAGUACUCCACUAAGCUUGGACAAGCCUUUAUGGGAAAUUCAUUUUUUGGAGAAAGAGAAGUGCUUAGUAUUUCGUAUUCAUCACGCGCUUGGUGAUGGGAUCUCUCUUAUGUCGAUGUUGUUGGCGAGUUGCAGAAAGGCGGAUGAUCCGGAGGCGGUGGCCACCUUAGUUACUGCUGGCCGGAGAGAUUGGCAGGGAAGGAAAGGGAAGGAUUGGAUAAGGACUUUGAUGGCGGCUUUAAAAAUGAUUUUGUUUAGCUUUGUUUUCUGUUUGGAAUUUAUUUUGAGGUGUUUGUUUGUUCGUGAUCGAAAAACGGUGAUCUCCGGCGGUGACGGGACGGAACUGUGGCCCAGAAAGGUGGCUACUGCUAAAUUCAGGAUUGAAGAUAUGAAGGCGGUGAAAAAGGCCGUUGCUAAUGCGACCAUUAAUGAUGUUCUGUUUGGAGUGAUAUCAGCUGGAUUAUCAAGAUACUUGGAUCACCGGUCACCAAAUUCUCUGCGAGAAGGGCAACAACUAACAGGUUUGUCCAUGGUUAAUUUAAGGGAGCAACCAGGAUUACAGGAUUUGAAAGAAAUGAUGAAAAGCAAUUCAGCAUCUCGUUGGGGUAACAAGUUUGGAUUUCUACUCCUGCCUGUUCAUUACCAUCAUAAAAUGGAGCCUCUGCAAUAUGUGAAAAGAGCCAAGACUAUGAUAGACAGGAAGAAGCAGACAUUAGAGGCUCACUUCACAUAUAGAAUUGGAGAUUUAGUAAUGUCUUGGCUUGGAUCAAAGGUUGCUUACUUGCUGAAUUAUAGAAUUCUGUGUCAUACAACUUUUACAAUCUCCAAUGUGAUUGGACCAAAAGAGGAGAUUACUCUAGAAGGCAACCCCAUCACAUUCAUGAGAGCCAACACAUCUAGCUUACCACAAGCAGUGGCAAUGCAUAUGGUGAGUUAUGCAGGGAGAGCUGACAUGCAAAUAGUUGUGGCCAAAGACAUCAUUCCUGACCCAGAAUUUCUUGCCAAGUGCUUUGAAGAUUCCUUGCUUGAUAUGAAGGAAGCAGCUUUAGCCACCAUUUGAAAUAUAAUUAAGAUAACAAAUUUAUUGUACAAUAGAAAUUUGUUGUCCGUUGUCUAAUAAAUUAAUUAGCACAUAUCUAGAAUAGGUUUCAUCAUGCAACAACAUGUAUUCUGUUCAAUUGGUUAGUCAAUUUUGUUAUACUAACAUUUCAUUUAUAGAAAUGUUAAAGGACAUCUUGUCUGUACGUUUGUUUGAUCAUCAAACCAAUUUAAAUUCCAAUUUGUUUCCCAAAA